AAACCCUCCUCUUCAUGGUCGUUUGCCUCAUCCUCGCACUAUUCCCGAUGUUCGCCUCAUCACAGUAACGAACGCUGCAACGUCGCGGGCGGUGUACUAUACACCACUAGUCCGGGGCGUCAAUCUUUUCGUUACAUAUUUCCCUUCACAAACUUUGCACUUCCUCAACGUCAGCCAUGGUUACCGUCGACGACAAGAAAUACGCGUGCGAGACGUGCAUCAAAGGCCACCGCUCGUCCGCAUGCAAACACACCGAUCGACCUCUAUUCGAGAUAAAGAAGAAGGGCAGGCCGAUCACCCAAUGCGAACACUGCCGUGAACUUCGCAAAACCAAACAAGUCCACGUCAAGUGCUCUUGUGGAAGCGUUCCCUCGUCCUCAGGAACCGCUCACGAAGGCAGCUCCAAACUCCCGCAUGCCGCUACGUUCCCCAAUGGCUUGCCAAAGGAACUUGAAGCGAAGGUCGGGUCGCCGGUCCUGCAUUCUGACGGAUCCGAAUCGGAAUUCAGCGGUGACCAAUCCUCAGUCAGCGCCUGCAAGUGUGGGCCCAAUCAGUGCCAUUGCUGCGUCCCGCGCAAGUCGGUGUCGAAACGCCGCAUGUCGGGCACAUCAAGAGUUGACCAUCCACAGGCGGCCGCCGACCUGCUCUCACCCGUGUCCCCGCUCUCGUCACAUGUCCAGGCUCGCAUUGCUGAACUCAGACCUGUGAUGCCCCGUCCUCCGCGCCAGACGUCCGGCCCCCUCCACAAUCCCUCGGCUGGAACGCCUCAUGGCUACGGUGGUCGCAAUCACGCUCAUGACUUUAGCCCCUAUGGUCGCGCUUACGAACAGUCAUUUUCUGAGACGCCCUCGAACCCGGCCCCCUCUUCCGCCCAAGUCCCCUUCCCUCCAAAUGUCGACCCUCAGCUUUUCACGAACGCAAGUGACCAGCUUCCCCCGCAGAUCGCUUUUCCCUCUGCCUGCACCUGUGGCGACGGCUGUCAAUGUCCUGGCUGUACCCAGCAUAGCAAAUCUCCUGCCCCAUCUGGUGCCGCGUUCUCCUCGUGCUGCAACCCGAUAACGUGCUCUUUCUGUCUGGACUGCACUAUCUUCUCGAUGCCGCCUGAAGCGCUACUUGAGCCCUCGCAGACUCGGGAGAUCGACACGUGGCUGCAACAAUUACCCCUAUCUUCUCCUAACUCCUUCUCCCCCACCUCGCAAAUCCC